UAUUAAAUAAGUUGGAGUAACAAGCUAGCAGUCACUGAGGUACAUGCUCGAGUCUUAACCUCCAGACAGACCUGUGUGUUGGACGCCUAGACAGAUAAUAAGUGGUUACUGUGGUUGGGAUGGAUUCAGGAACUGGGCGAGGUAGGGGCCGAGGGCGAGGAAUAACAGGAAAUGAUGUGAGUGAGAGAGCAGAUCUUAGACGGCCACAUGGAGCUCCUGAGGUAGUCCAGCCUGGGGCUCCUGCAGCUGCCUCCCAUAAACUAAACGCCACUCUCCCUACAGAAUCUCAGGAAGAAAAAUCCAAGAGGACCUUUUCACUUUCUGCAGAUGCUCCAGAAUUUGUCCCACGGAUAUUUGUUCAACCCCAGCCCCAACCCCAGCCCCAACCUCAGAUCCAAAUCCCAAACCCAACUCAAAAUAUUCAACAGCAGCAUCAGGUAACAAGUCCAGUAGUCCCUCAACCACAGAUUCACUACACCUGUCACCCAGUUGUUCUACAAGUUAACAACUUAGUUGUACAGCUUACUUUAAAACCCAACAGAUUUGAACAAGUUGCACGGCAGUUGACAACAAUAUUCACUUGGCAAGUGCAAGAUGCAUUCCUUAUGAAAGAGCUUAUUACUGUAAUAUUUGAACAGUCUGCUAACCAUAGUUUGCAAAUUCUGAAUGGAUCUGCUCAUCAGUACUACAUCGUCUGCAUAAUCCCAGUCUGCGAGGGAGUGGGUGAAGUGAAUUUCAGGUACAGUGGUGCUAGACUGUGCCAGCAUCUGUCCAAAAAUGUCACACAAUCUUACAAUGGACCAACCUUCAAAAGUGUCUUACUACAGAGAUGCCAGGAAGAAUUCAAUGUAAAAGAAGUUUACCUGCAUUCGGAGCCAUCAAGAGUGUGUGGUUUCACUUUGUUCCUCGCGGAACUCUUCACCCAGCUUGUCAUUCCAAGUGGUCAACCACUUGAUAUUCUUCGAGGAGCUCUCUGUCAACUUCUGACAACACUUCUGUCACAACCAACAGAUUCCAACCUUAAAUGUGUUGCACAGGUUUUAAAGUUUACAGGGAGUUCACUAGAUACCAGCAAUAGAGGUGAAAUGGAUCGAGUGAUGUGCAGUGUGAAGGAUGUGGCAAUGAUAGCCCCAGUAGCCUCCACAACUCGUUCUCUUCUAUUAGCUGUCAUAGAAUUGAGAGCUGCCAAUUGGGGUCGUGGACCUCCAUCACCUACACACUCUCCGGUUGAUACACCAACACAUUCCAAUAUUCCUAUGGGAACUGUUUAUUAUGGGCCAGGUGGAGUGAUACAGAGAGUAGAGGAUGAACCAGAGGAUUCUCCCAGUGACACGGAAGAUAUUAUUAACUAUGGGUGGUCACCUGCAGUGGAAGAAUUGGAAGGGGAUGUGGCUGAGGCAUUUGAAGAGUUUCUUCGACUACAACAAUGAGGCCGUAGAUUUUUGUGAAGGCUUGAGUGUCCAGUGAAAAAGCCUUAUCUUAUGCCUCAAGAAACUUUAGUAGCAUGGUUCAUAAUCGAGUCUGCUAUAUGUAAAGAUCUUGUAUUAAAUUUAGGAAAGUAAUUGUAACUCAACCUUAAUGUAUAUUUGAAUCCUGUUACUGUACCUGUAGGUUGUUUAUGCAGUAUAUCACAAAGCUUUUUCUGUGGUUGAGUCAGUAAGCUUGUUCAUUGGGAAAAGUCUCUGUCUUUUCAGGGAAGCCAUUUAUCUCAGUAGACCCUUAAUUAUUUAUGAUAAGCGCCUUCAUUUUUUCAAUUGGUUCUCGAUGAUAUUUAGGAAAUUGCUUUUCAUUUCUUAAGUUUAUCAGGAACAUUUUAAUUGUUAUAUGGUAUUUAUAUUUAUAGUGCAUUUAUUUGUAUCCUGUCAAUAAGAAUAACAUUCUCUCCACAGUUUUUGAGUUGAUAAGCACAUCUUAGUUGUAUUUAUUACUUUUUCAUAUUUUAUUGGAAUUGGUCUGGGAUGACAAAACUUUUGAUAACUUUUAGUUUCAUCAGACACACACUGAGAUACUCUCCAGAUAUGCAUUAAGCCCCAAAGUGGAUAUGUCCAUGAAGGAUAUUGACAGUCCUGGUUAUUGCUUUCACAAGGUAUUGCACCAGCAUUUUCACAGUAAGUUUGUCUGUUGUAACUUUGCAAUUUAAUUUUUAAUCCCAAAGUACUUUGAAUAAUAUGUUCUAAUUUUAUACAUCAGCAGUUACUGUAUAGUAAAUUUAGUUUAUACUCCGAUACCGGUAACAUAGUUAAUUUUUUCAUGAAUAAUGAUACCGGUUAUAUAGUUUUAAAAACUUCAUGAAUAAUUACUAUUUAUCACUACUAAUAAAUUGAAAUAUAACAUAUCUCCACUUCAUCAUUAAUGAUUAUGAAUGGGAAGUGUAUGUGCUGUAAAUCAAUUAAUUAAUAUAGAUUAUUAAAGAUGGGGAAAUGUAAAUAAUGUCAAUGUUUAUUUGAGGCAGUUGGUAAUGCUGAUGAUGGUUUUUUCUUCUUUAAGGAAUCUCUGUAGAGGUUGAUGGCCUAAUCUGUCGCUCUUGACCUUUUAUGGGGAUUUUAAAUUUCCUUUAUGCAGCAGCAAGCAGUUGAAGGAUUUUAUCAGUAGUUCACUUUGUUGCUUCUUACCAUUUAAUGGUUUUGAUCUAUUAACUUGACUUGUAAUGUAUUUGAUAUGGCUUAUUGUAAGCCUGAACUCCUGGUACAAACAUGUCUUAUGGGCUUGUGAUGGUUCAUCUUCUUGUAACUAACAUUUCAUGAUACAAGAAAUAUUUUUUCCUGUU